AUGAAAAUGCCACACAUAAUCAAGAACGUCGCUCUUGCCGGGGCUAGUGGCAAUGUCGGAGUUCGGGUGUUUACUGCAUUACUUGAUCUCGGAUUCAACGUGACAGUGCUCACGCGCACUCCUAAGCCCUUUCCAACCGCCGCGCGCGUGGAAGUUGUUGACUUUACUUCGGUGGAGUCAUUAUCCGCUGUCCUCGCUGGACAAGAUGCAGUAAUUGACACUACCUUCUCCCCCGAGGUUGAAACGCCACUUCUCCUGAUUGACGCCGCAGUCCAGGCAGGAGUGUAUCGCUUCAUUACUAGCGACUUUGGACUCGAUCCUGAACUGCUGGGUAUCCAUGACAUGCCUGUCUUCGGGCGUAAGAAGGUUUCCUACGAGGCCGUGAAGAAACAGGCGGCUCAGAACCGCUUGACGUACACCCUAGCGGCAUGUGGAGCUUUCCUUGAUUGGAGUUUGUCCACCGGUUUCCUUGGGCUGGAUUUCGAAGGGAAGAAGGCUUCCAUCUAUGGUGAUGGAAACAACGUUGUUCCAUGGUCGACUUUGGAGGAUGUGGGUACGGCGACUGCAAAUGUUCUUUUGCAUCCGGAAGAGACUCUGAACCGCCCGGUCUAUGUUCACUCCGUGUACAUGUCGCAAAACCAGAUCCUGGCCGCCACAAAGGAGGUUCUAGGAACCGAGGGAUGGGAGGUCAAGCAUAGCGACAUGGGGCCUCUUUUGGCGCAAGCGAUGACUGAUCUCAAGACCGGCAAUAUCAGUACUGCAACCUUUGAGGUCCAAAUUCAGUACUGUCUCGCUAACAAGGCCCUUGCGCACCCCUGGGUACGGGAUGAUAAUCCUCUCUUGGCACUGAAAGAGUGGGACCUGGAGAAGGUUAAGGGACUGAUCAAGUCGAUCGCUCAGAAAUUGGAAUGA